CGAAUACCAGGAAAGAAGCAACGGAGGAAAACCUCGACUGCAAGAGAGAAAGGGAAAAGGUAGGAGAACAGGAAGAGAUCAGCCAUGAAUCGCCAAGCCUCGAGGCUGAUCGGAACCCUAGCGUCCAAGAUCUUCUCCAGGCCGAAUCCAUCCGCCGCCUCAUCUUCCACUCUCUCAUCCCCUAGUCGCCACUUCGCCGCUGCGCCGCCGCCGCCCCCGGCCGUCUUCGUGGACAAGAACACCCGCGUCAUAUGCCAAGGGAUCACCGGAAAGAACGGCACCUUCCACACCGAGCAGGCCAUCGAGUACGGCACCAAGAUGGUAGGUGGAGUGACACCUAAGAAAGGUGGAACUGAACACCUUGGUCUUCCAGUUUUCAAUACCGUAGCGGAAGCCAAGGCUGAGACAAAAGCAAAUGCAUCAGUUAUUUAUGUUCCCCCGCCUUUUGCUGCUGCUGCAAUUAUGGAGGCUAUGGAGGCGGAGUUGGAUCUUGUUGUCUGCAUUACUGAAGGAAUUCCGCAACAUGACAUGGUACGAGUCAAAGCUGCUUUAAACAAGCAAUCUAAAACUCGGUUAAUUGGACCAAAUUGUCCAGGCAUUAUUAAACCUGGAGAGUGUAAGAUUGGAAUAAUGCCUGGAUAUAUUCACAAGCCAGGACGUGUAGGGAUUGUAUCUCGAUCUGGUACCUUAACCUAUGAGGCGGUCUUCCAGACAACUAACGUUGGUCUUGGACAGUCCACCUGUGUCGGUAUUGGUGGAGACCCCUUUAAUGGGACAAACUUUGUUGACUGCAUAACAAAGUUCCUUGAUGAUCCUCAGACUGAAGGUAUUAUCCUUAUAGGAGAGAUUGGAGGAACUGCAGAAGAGGAUGCUGCUGCUUUGAUACUUGAAAGUGGAACUGAGAAGCCAAUUGUUGCAUUUAUAGCUGGACUUACUGCACCACCAGGUCGCCGCAUGGGUCAUGCUGGAGCAAUUGUGUCAGGUGGGAAGGGAACUGCACAAGACAAGAUCAAAACCCUCAGAGAAGCUGGCGUGACGGUGGUCGAGUCCCCAGCCAAGAUUGGUGUGGCUAUGCUCGAGGUUUUCAAGCAGCGUGGGCUUGCAGAGUAGACGGCACUCCUGCUAUUGAUCUUUUGAUGUUGCAAAACCAUAAAUCUUUUUUGACUUAUGAUGCCUGGGGGCUUUCCAUGCACGGUUGUAGCAAUCCAUCUGAUUUUUUCAGAGUUCUGAAAUAUUAACUCCCCCCCCCCCCACCCUUCCCUGCUCAUCAAUAAGAAAAAUCCUGAAGGAAUAUAUUGUGUGAGAUUAGUGUAUUAAUGCAAUCUCUCACUAUUCUUUUUGCUUGAUCA